AUGCUCAUCAACAGACUAUUCGAAACAGUGAUACCCCUAUUACCAUACCUCGGUCCUUUCGCCGUCACGCACAAGCCCGACAUCAAUGUCGUCCCUCUCCCCACUCAGUACACCAUUGGCCAAGGCGCUACCCCUAUAUGUCUCUCCCCUAACUUCAGUAUCAAGUCUGUGGCGGGUGCAUUUCACACAUAUCCAACCGACCUGCUACAAGCAAUGUCUGCCACGGAGGACCGCCUCAAGAAUGUGACUGCUCGAUAUCUAUCUGUCGCGGGAGGCCGGGAGUUCUUUCCUGGCUAUUCUGACAAAUUGUCCUCGUGUCAAUACUUUCUUGAUUCGGUAUAUGUUGACUUGACAGCUUACAAUGGUACCUCGGAUAUUCUAGAGGAGGCAACGCGACCAGUGGAAGAAAGACCUUUGCUCGAGGCAUAUUCGCUGGACAUGCCUCUCAAGCGGAGAGCUGCUUUCAUCAAAGCAAGAGGCGCCCUUGGGGCGUUCCGAGGGCUUACAACACUGGAUAAUCUGUUCUACCGAGUCGAGGACAGUACCUCUGAAGGUGCAGGACGAGUCUAUGCACCUUGGGCUCCAUAUUCCAUCGCUGACAAGCCAGCCUUUGGAUGGCGAGCGUUCCUGCUGGACACCUCGAGACACUAUUUCUCAGUUGAUUCCAUUCUCAAGACCCUGGACACCAUGGCAUCGGUCAAGCUAAAUGUAUUCCACUGGCAUGUCACAGAUUCCAACUCGUGGCCUCUUGACAUUCCAGCUUAUCCGAAUCUGGCAAAGAAGGGAGCCUAUUCACCUCUCGAGGUAUAUAGCGACGAGGAUGUCAGAAAUAUCAUCGAGUAUGCAGGCCAUCACGGGAUCGAUACCUUGUUGGAGAUCGACACCCCCGGCCAUACCGCAUCCAUCUAUCCCUCACAUCCAUCACAUGUGGCUUGCUUCGAGUCGACCCCCUUCCAUCAGUAUGCACACCAGCCUCCCGCCGGACAGCUCCGUUUUGCGAGCGAGCAAGUGAUGAAGUGGACUGAAGGGUUGUUGAGAGAGGUUUCAGCUCUGGCGUCGAGCCAGUAUCUCAGCACCGGAGGAGAUGAGAUUAAUGUGGACUGCAUGCUCAAAGAUGGUCCCACAGCCAGAGACCUCAAGAACAACGACUGGACACUCGACGACGCCCUCGACCGCUUCACUGCAGUCACCCACGCCCCCAUCCGCGCAGCAGGCAAAACCCCAGUCGUAUGGCAGGAGAUGGUACUCGACCACGGCGAGAUGCCAUCUCUGGGAAAUGAUACUAUCGUGGAUAUCUGGGUCAACUCGGCAGAUGCGAGGAAGGUUCUCAAUAAGGGGUUCAGGAUCGUCCAUGCGUCUGCUGACUACUUUUAUCUGGACUGUGGACAAGGGGGCUGGAUCGGACAAGAGGGAGGCGGUAAUAGCUGGUGCGACCCUCUCAAAUCUUGGGCCAAGAUCUACUCCUUCGAUCCAUUCUUAGAUGUCGAGGACGACGAACGACAUCUAGUAUUAGGAGGCCAAACUUCUCUCUGGGCUGAGCAGACAGACGAAACCAAUCUCGAACCUACUAUCUGGCCCAGAGCAGCAGCGCUCGCCGAGGUCUUCUGGUCGGGCCCAGGACCUGAUGGCCGUCCGCGCAGCACCAUUUCUGCCCUUCCGAGGAUGCAUGAUGUGCGGUAUCGGAUGGUAAGCCGGGGAGUGAGGGCUGCUCCACUUCAGCCUCAUUGGUGUGCUUUGAGACCUGGGGCUUGUGUCUUCGGAGGAUAG